AUGGAUCAGAAAAUCAACAUGAUGAAGAUGAUCAUCCCGGGAUCCACUUUAUACAUCACUUCACUAUGGCUGAUCAAGUCCAGCAUGGUGAUCUUUUACAAGCGUUUGGCAGAUCGGACGCGCUAUCAGAUUGUGUAUAACAUCACCCUGGGUACAUUAGCUGCUACUUGGCUAGUAUUGUUUUUCGAUAUUGUUUUCAAGUGCUAUCCACCACGGCGCCAGUGGGAAGGACUUUCAAAUCCUGAAUUUAUCUGCCUUCCUAUAUCACAAGUUAUGCCCAAGAAACAGAAGUGGGGAGUAAUCUCUGUCUUCCUUCUUGGUGUUUUUGUAGUCAUCACCAGCAUAAUACGAGCAAUUUAUUCCCACCUCGGCGAACAAAUGAUCACUUGUACCGUGUCCAUGGUCGAGACUGCCAUUGCCAUCAUCGCGUCAUGUCUUCCUGUUCUACGUACCCUAGUAUUCGGCUCGCAUUCUCGGACAGGGACCUAUAGUAGUCGCCGCGGCUACGAGCUCUCACAUGCUGGUGUGCACACUGGUGCACAGGACAGCAAGCAACAUACAUCUGUCUCCGUCUCGCGGAGUCAGGUCGAUCGUGGCGCAGACGAUAUCUCAUUCAAUGAUUCUGAGGAUGGUUUGGUCAAGGACAGGACCUUGGUCCCCAGACCUGGGAUCGCCGUCACGCAUGAGUAUUUUGUGCGAGAGGAUUCUGGGACUUUCCGAGGUUAG